AUGCAGGCACAGCCGACAAACGCAACGCAGGCGAAGGACAGACAUUAUAUGCAACUGUCUCAUAGCCUCGGAAGGCUUUCCAAUGCUAUCGGCCGCACUGCUGGCCUGUGCGAGCUGCUCAAGGUCGACUUGGACUCGAUGCGCACCUUGGCUGCGUCUCACGCUGCACAAUUCAUGACUGUCGCUACGGAGCUCAAUCCAGAUCCAGAGCCAGAUGAAGCAGAAGAGUAGGGUGGCAAGCAGACGGCAAGGUCAGUGCAUGACUAUAUGCGACAGAACUGAUCUCAUGUAUAACGCGGUGAUCUCACUCAAUCGAAAAGCGCUGUGCUUGCUAUAAUAUUGGUUUAGCUGUGCGACAUGUAGCAGCGGGUGAUUAAGCACGCCGCUGACCGGGGAUUUUUGGUGAUCACAAACGGCGUCCCUGUUGGGCCAUCUACAAGUCUGUAGUCCAAUUUGUCUCCUUCGAGCAGUGAAGCUCUGUGGAACGUCCCAGUUCCUGUUCUCGAUAUGUUAUCCUUGAUUCCUCCCUUUCAUGCAUACGCUGUGUUACUUGCGACUUCGAGUGUUAAUACCUCUUUUUUCUUCCCAUUCAGAUCACUUCGGCAACGAUUAUUAGCAUGUUGGCAACAGCUUGCGCUGACCGAGGCGUUGCUCCAAUGAUUUCUGUGUACAUAUCCUGAUCACAAUGACAGCAUUAAGUUGUGAGUUUCCUCUUGUUACCAU